AUGAGGGGACACCCGGCACCUGCAUCCUCUGGGGAGCCCCGGAGGCGGGCCAAGGGCGGGGAGGCGGGCCAGCCUGAAGAAGUGGAACGCUCUGCAGCCGGGCCUCCUCAGCUCAUUUUCCUGCAGGACGAGGAGUUCAUCAGCUCAUCCUUGUCAUCUCUGGCCUCGGAGGAGAAGGUGGAGGCUGGCAAGCCGAAGGAGGCUGAGGCGAAGGGCUUGGGUAACGCUGAAGAGAGCCCCAGAGAAGGAGAUCCCAAAAGUAAGGAAGAUCCCAAAAACAAGCCCCUCCCCGAUAAUCCGGAGGUGGUAACGAUCCAGGCCUGGUGGCGGGGCACCCUGGUGCGCCGGACGCUGCUGCACGCGGCGGUCAGCGUGACGGUCAUCCAGCGCUGGUGGAGGUGGCUGCAGGCCUCGCGGCUGGAGCGGCGGCGGCGGAAGGCGCUGGAGGCCUUCGCGCAGAAGGAGUGGGCGGCGGUCAGGCUGCAGGCCUGGGUCCGCAUGUGGCGCAUCCGCCUGCGCUACUGCCGCCUGCUGCACGCCGCCCGCGUCAUCCAGGGCUACUGGAGGUGCCACGCCUGCGCUUCCCGGGGCUUCGUUAGCGGCCACUACAGGGUCAUGGCCAACCAGCUGCAUCUCGAGCUGGAGAUCGUGCUGGGCUCAGAGCCUUGCUUCGUGUCAGAGUGUAUUCCCCUCCCAAUAAAGCAGUGAAGCGGUCUUU